GUGGUGAGUGAGAGUGGUGAGAGUGGUGAGUGAGGGUGGUGAGUGAGGGUGGUGAGUGAGGCAAAGAGGUGAGGGGAUUUGUUUUCCUCAGCCGAGGUGAACCUCACCUCCUCGUGAACAUCCAACAAUGAUCCUGGUUCGCGACGAGAUCGAGACGAGGUGAUGAUGGUGGUGGUGAUGGUGUGGUGGUGGUGAUGUCGUCCUCCGACUGGAACAUGUGUCUACAAGAGCUUUAUAGCUCAUCGGAUUCGCCCAGCGUGAAUACAGAUUCUGGAUAGCGCAAGGCCUCGCCGACGCCGCCGGUAAUAACAACAACAGCAACAACAACAAUCAGUACAAUAACAAUUACCAUUAACUACACCGACAAUGUACAAGCGAGGCGGCUUCACACUGGGCAAGGUAAAGCCCGGAGCGGACGACCAACAACAACAGCGGAUAGUCAACAACAGCGGCAGCAGCGGCCUUGAGCUUCCUCCUCCUCCUCCUCCCGCUCCGACCGCUCCUCCAGCUGGCCCAGUGGCAUCACAGCCCACGCCGGCCAAGCACCAGCGCGCGCUCACCGCCGCGCUCGCCCAGGCCGAGGAUCUGGACGACGACGCUGACGACGAGCCGGGUGACUUUGGCGGACGCGGCGGCCGCGGCGGCGGCGGCCGCGGCGGCCGCGGCGGCGGCGGCGGCGGCGCGGGAGUCCAACUCGGAACCCGGCGGCAGCUCCGGGGCCGCGACGACGACGAGGACGACGAAGAGGAGGACGACGACUACAACGAUGAAGACGUCGACGACGGAGACAUCGACGAGGCGGAGGAGGAGGAGGAGGACGAUGUUGUGAUGGGCAUCGGCGGCGGUGGCAGUUGCCACGGCGGCCUCUUACGUGUCGACCGUUCACCCGGACGGAGUGGUGGCGGCUGUGGCAUUGGCGGUGGUAUCGGCGGAGCGGCCACGCCAAACGUGCCCCCUUCGAUAGAGAAGCGCCACAAGGCCAAGGCGAAAUCCUUGCGCCGCCGAUCCAUCCGCCACCUGGGCAGCCUCAUGUCGCGUAUGCUCAAAGCGCUCUCCACCAUCGCCAAGCUGUCGGGCACCGCGUCGGAGCAGCACGAAGGCCUCGGGGGAGCGGCGCCUUCGCUGCUCUCCUCCACCGGCGCCGCCAAGCGAUCGACCGCCGCCGGUAGCGCCGCCAAUUCCGCCGCCAGUUCCGCCGCCGCGUCGCCCGCCAAGAGGGCGGACGGGCAGAACGGGGGCGACUUGGAGGACGACGGGGGGUUCGGCGCGUUUCGCGAGCGCGGCAGGGCACAGGGCGUCAGGAGGUCGCUGUCAGUUAAGCAGCAGCAGCAGCAGCAGAGGGCGAGGCAGCAACGGCAGCAGCAGCAGCAGCAGCAAGUGCCGGGAGUGAGCGGAUUGCGCAAUCACGGCAAUACAUGCUUCAUGAACGCCGUGCUGCAGUGCCUGAGCAACACCGACAUGCUGGCCGAAUACCUAGGCCUGGGUCAGUACAAGCAGGACUUGACCGGCACAGCUGCAGCGGCAGCAGCAGCGAAGACAACCGCGGUGGCGGGCAGUGGUGAUGAAAGCAGCAAGCGAGGGGAGGUGACUGAACAAUUGGCGACUCUGGUGCGGGCGUUGUGGACUUUGGAAUACACGCCGCAGCUCUCCGGGGACUUUAAGGGCGUGGUGGCGCGCUACGCGUCGCAGUUCCGCGGCAGCUCCCAGCACGACGCGCAGGAGUUCCUGCUGUGGCUGCUCGACCGCAUGCACGAGGAUCUCAACAACUCCAACGCGCGGCCCUCCCUUCUGCUGCCUCUCCCGCUGCACCAGCAGGGAGAGCUGUGGUCAUCGGACGAGGCCGACGUUCCCGGGGAGCGUCCCCUCUCCGAGCAGGGGAACCGCAGCUUCGUGCAGGAAAUAUUCCAAGCGCAAUACAGGUUCUCCCUGACGUGCCCUCACUGCCAGAAGCAAAGCAACACCUUCGAUCCGUUCCUCUGCAUCUCCCUGCCCAUCCCUCUGCGCCAAACCAGGCCGCUCUCCGUCACCGUGGGCCUCUCGAGCCGCACUCCGGCGUUCCUCCGCGUCGGCGUUGCGGUUCCCGUCGCCGGCUCCGUCUCCCGGCUCAGGGAGGCCCUCUCCUCCGAAGUCGACGUCCCCCGCACGCAGCUCGUGCUGACGGAGCUCUACUCGGACGGAUUCCACCGCUCGUUUGGGGACGACGAGGAGCUGGGGGUCAUCCACGACACCGACUGCCUCUUCGCGUUCGAGGUCCCCUCCGAUUGGUCCGGCAGCCACGGCAGCUCGGAAGACGCCUACGCCGGCGGGGGCGUCGCCGACGCGUUGGUCCUUCUCGUCUGCAACCGCUCGGGAGGUGGCACUAACGCGAGGAGGUUCGGCCCCCCGUUCCUGGUGAGCUGCUUGCGCCGGGCGUCGUGGGCUGAGCUGCAGCGCUGCCUCGUGGGGGGAAUGACCGCGCAGCUGCACGAGACGGCGCGGCCCCGCUGGCACGGGCCACCCCCGUUCCGUGCUUGCGUGGUGGUAGAGUCCGCCAAGAAGGGCUACCUCUCCCAGCAGGAGGACCGCCCGCUGGCUAUGCCCAUUGUGGACAAAGCGCUGAAAUCGUGCAAGAGAGGCGAACCGGCGCACAUCAAGCUCCUCCUGGAGUGGGACAACGAGACCAAGCAUUGGCUGAUCGGGAAUCCGCAGGAGGAGAGCGUCACGGAGGCAGCCAGCGUUCAGGACCAGAAGCUCCUUCACCAGCAGCCACUCACCUGCAACCUGUCCGAGUGCUUCCAGCUCUACACGAAGGAGGAGCAGCUGGCGCCUGAAGAUGCAUGGAGGUGUCCCUACUGCAAGCAGCUGCAGCAAGGGACUGUGAAGCUGAGUCUGUGGACGCUGCCUGACAUCCUGAUCAUCCACCUCAAGAGAUUCUGCCAGGUGGGCGAGCGGCGCACCAAGCUGUCGUCCCUGGUGCGCUUCCCGCUGACGGCGCUCGACAUGACGCCGCACGUGGUGCGCCGCUCGCAGAGCACGUGGACGCUGCUCUCUCACUGGUCGCCGUGGAGACGACCCCGCGGCCUCGGGGCCGACCCCGACGACCUCCGUUACGACCUCUACGCCGUGUGCAAUCACAACGGCCGGCUGCUGCAGUCGGGACACUACACGGCCUUCUGCAAGAACUCGCUGGAUGGCCAGUGGUACUGCUUUGACGACAGCUCGGUCGAGGCGGUGGAGGAGGAGAGGGUGUGCACACGCGCGGCCUACAUCCUCUUCUACCAGAGACGCAGCGCCAUCCCGGCGUGGUCGGCCAGCAGCUCCCACGCCGGCUCCACGUGCUCCUCCCUGUCGGAGCACUGGGUGAACCGCCUGCCCGGCCUGGAGCGCAGGCCCAGCCUCGUGUCCAAGGCCUCGACGAGCGGAACGUCUCCCGCGUCGCCGCACGACUCGCCCUCCACCUCGCACGACCCGCUGCCCACCACGGACGAAGAUGGCGCCAGCCCCUUCAUCGGUGGCUUCUCGUCACGGCCGUUCACCCGCGGGGUCCAGUCCACGGCUCCGUCGUCUCCCUUCUCCGCCAACGGGCGGCGUCCCCACAACAACUCCUGCGCCCUGCCCCCCUUUUCGGCCUCCUCCUCGCCGGCCGCCUCCUUCCCCUCCGUCAGGGCUCGCCCGGCCUCCAUGCCGGCCUCCCUCCCGGCCACGCUGCCCCGCAAGGCCGACCCCUCCCUCGGCCCGGCCGGGCCCUCCGCGACGGCCGCGGCCGGGGCGGCGGCGUCUUCGCGUCACGGCCUGCCCAGAGCUCGAAGCGUCAGCCGAGACGCCCCCCCCUCCUCCUCCUCCGCCACCUCCUCCUUGCUCGUCCAGCAGCAGCAGCAGCACCGGCGGCAGCAGCAGCAGCAGCAGCACGGCUCGGAUCGGCGCUCCUGGAGCGGCGCGGCAACGGCGGCCAUCCCAGAAUCCUCCUCGUCGACCGCCGCCCCCUCCCGCGGCCGCCCCUCCUCCUCCUCUUCCUCCACCUCCGUGGCGCCGCCGCCGCCCGGCGACCUGCGCCGGCGGCCGGCCGGCGGCGGCGCGGCAGCGGCGCUGAGGAGGACGUCGACUCUCCCUCGAUCGUCGGACGCGGCGUCGGCGUCGCCCGCCCGGCUGCCGGCGUCGUUGGAUGUCGCGGGGUCGCUGCAGAGGCAGAGGAGGGCGGCUUCGGCGCAGCGGUCGUCUUCGGCGAGCCGCUCGUCGCUCUCGUCGUCGUCCGGCCGGCCGCCGGGGCCCGAGAGGCGCGGGACGGCGGCCGGGGUGGUUGCCGCCGCCUCCUCGCCUCGCCGGCGAGCCAGGGCUGCCGCCAGGACGGACGCCGGCGCCGAUUCCGCACACGUCGGCAAACCGGACAGGGGCGGCUUCGGCCAUGCCUCCGCCGCCUCCGCCGCCGCCAAACCCACGGGCGUCAACGUCGUCGCGGCCGCUUCCGCCAAAUCUGAGCGAUCCGCGGCUUCUGCCAAAUCGGACGGCGUUGCCGCCGCUGCUAAAUCGGAGAAGCCGGCUCCUUCCGCCGCCACCAACGCUGCCGCCAAAUCGGAUGCCGCCGCAGCGAAGCGGAAGCCCGAGGGGCGCCUGUCUCUGUUCCGGGCGGCGCUGAUGCGGAGGGACGUGACCCAGCGGCCGGCCGGAGGCGCCGGCGCCGUCCCGGCUGCCGGUGCGGCCGGGACGGCGAGCGGCGGCGGUCGAGGACAGACGCCGAAGCGAUCGCCGACGCGGGCGUCUUCCGCUUCGGCUUCAUCCGCUCCUCCCGCUUCUACCGCGGCCGUGACGACGCAGAAGAGAAGCGCGGCGGCGGCGGCGCUGCAGCAGCAGCAGCAGGGGCAGCAGCAGGGGCAGCAGCAGCAGCAGCAGCAGGGGAAGAAGGCGGCGAACGUUCGAAGCGGCGCGUCCGGAAAAGCGAAGCAAGUUGCGGCGGUCGCCCCCGUUGCGCCGAAAGCGGAGGAGAGGUCAAAGGGCAGGAAGAAAGAUGCGGCGACUAAGCCGGUCGCGGCGCCAGCGGCCGCUGUCGCACCUUCUGCCGGCACCGCCGGCGGGCAGCCCGGCGGCGUGCCGUACGGAACGUGGUUGGCGAGGAGCAAGAGGGAGGUCCCCGAGUCCAGUUUGUGAAGUUCUGGCGGCCGCCGCCGCCGCUGCCGCUGCCGCCGCUGCGUUCCUUUGUACGGCGGUUUUUAAAGAAAGUAUUUAUUAUGAUUAGUAAUAAUGAUGAUAUGAUUGCUGCCGUCAGCGAUGCGACGCCGUUUUAACGUUUACCCCUCUUUAUAACCUUCUACUGUGUACUUUAUUUAAAUGUUUGAUUAUUAUCUUGUUAUAUAAACACUAUACGUUAGGGCUGAAAAGUUACCACCCUGAAACCCAUCACGACCCCCUCCCUCCCACCCUCCCUCCCACUGGUUACUUGGCCCACACCACAUCCUGCCACGCUUUCAUCUGAAGCUCCCAAGUUGCUUACCCCAUCCCCCUGCUAUUAUAUUCUGAAGCUCCCACGUUGCUUGCCCUGUCCUAUUAUAUUCCAAGACCCCCACGUUGCUUAACCUUGUCGCUGCCUUGAAAUCCCUGGCAUCCUCCGCAUGCACUUGUACUACAAAAGAAGGGCCAGGCACUUCCCCGUUUGUCGUGGUGGUGGCCAUCGGCGGCUUCGGUGAGUUUUAACGUUGCCGCUGUAACAGUCGCUCGCGGCGUGCACUCUCGCAGGCCAAACUGGCACUGGGCAAUACUUGAGCGGGCGUGUAGCGGCUUUUGACGAUGACGACGACGGCUGUAGCGCCGAUAGGUCGCGGUAGAGUCUGGGCGAGGCGGAGUUGAAGUUGCUGCCGAUCGUUAGUUUGUUCCGUUGGUAAGGGAGGUCGUUAAUUUAUUGUCGCUUUUAAACUUUUAUCGAUCCGAAUUGUCGAUUUUAUUUGAGAACUUUUGUGGCAAUCGCUCGACGCGAGGACUCGCCUGAUUGGUUGGCGCCAAUCAGGUCAUACGAUUGGUCACGUCACACCCCAUCACAUACAACGUAUCUUAUAUAUAGAUGUAAAUAUUAGGGUGCCACCCAGCAUGCAGCACAUGGGGACAGAGAGGUCUCAGACUGUUUGGGGUUUCCCCCUCCUUUCCACGUCGUUACUUUCUCUGCACAAGUCAAGAGCUGAGAACCUCCUUGGACUCUCGGUUCCUCGCCACGGCCACUCCGCGUCUCCCCCCUCCCUCCUCCUCCACUCCGCGUCUAUGCCUCCACACCGUGACUCUGUGUGUGUCGAGUGGCACCCUACUACUCGCCUCCUUACUGACUCACCUACUCACUCAACUACUUACCUACUCACCUGCUCACCCACACACCUGUUCACUCAACUCCUUGCUCAGGGUCCACAUCUCCUCUUCUCUGUCUCUACUCUGUGAUUCUAAUCAGUGGCACCCUACUACUCACCUCCUUACUGACUCAACUACUCACUCAACUACUUACCUACUCACCUGCUCACCCACACACCUGUCCACUCAACUCCUCGCUCAAGGUCCACAUCUCCUCUUCUCUGCGUCUGUGUCUGUACUCUGUGAUUCUAAUCAGUGGCACCCAACUACCCACCAACUAACUCAACUACCCACUCACUCGCUCACCUACUCACACACCCACUCACUCACCUACUUACUCACACACCCACCUACUCACUCACCCACUCAGGGUCCACAUCUUCUUCUCUGCGUUUGUGCCUCUACUCUGUGACUCUUGAGUAUCGACCGUGAUCCAUCGGUCAGCUCCGCCGUGCACCCAGGAAACACCAUGGCAUCUCCUCUGAGCUCGACAGUCACUUCGCUUUAA